AUGGCUAGGAUAGGCAGAUUUAAUUGGGAAGAACAGAGUACAAGUACAGCCAGUGCUCCGGUGGUGGUAUGCACAACGUGUUUUAUAGCGUGGUUUAGACUCAGGGUGCCGGGGUUGACUGCGACUUCAAGAAUCUUAAAGGGAGAGGAGUCUAGUAAAAUACUGCCAGCACAUACUGCCACAAUGCAAAAUGGAGCAAAUCGAAGUUUCCAGCUAAGUGGCAGUCCGAUUCUGUUGAAGAUUUUAGAUGAGAGCCAAAUAAAUGACAGCAACAAACGAGACACAGCUGCACAAAAACCUCGCUGGGGGUCACCGGUGCGAGAGCUGGAGGCCCCCGGGGCUUUGGUACACUUGUCUGACUCCUCACUUUUCCUCGUGUCUGCGCACCAGGGCACAGAAUGCAGAUCACGUUUAGCAGUGAGGGCUUUACCAUCGGCAACAGCAAGAAAAGACUAUUUAAGGGCGCAUGAACGCUUCAAGGAAGCACCCCUAGCCAUGAAUCAAGUUCCUUGGCUCAAUGGAAAUGCAGGAGACUGGUUCUUGAGAAGUCUGUCAUACCACACAGAGCAUCCUGUGCUAAAGUGGGCGACAAGAGGCGAGGCAAUUCGUCACGGUGAUAUUAUCUGCAUUCGCGGGGAUUCUGGAUCCCCAAAGAGCCUUCUCUUAGCAGUAAGCUCCGGUUUGCACGUGGUGUCUGUGGCGUCGGUCGAUCAGCUGCAGCAGUUUGUCUCAUCACUGCCGAAUUUACUAUCAUUCGGAGUCUUGAGAAACUGCAGAGUUGUCUUCUUUGACGAUCUUGACUUAGGUAUGGCUGCUGGACACUUCUGUUCAUGUUGCACAUUUGCGCAUGGGGACGAGGGGAGAUGCGACGACCUCCAGAGAAUGGUGCCGGGAAGUGCCUUCGGCCAACAAAUGGCCCGACUGACAGAUGUGGUACGCUCCCUCCUCCAAAUUGCUGCGGAGCGCAGUCUGCUGUUUAUGUAUGGACUAGCCAAGCGCCCAGACCCUCAAAUUCAAACUGCCGCACGUGGUGCCUUUAUUCCGAACCAUCCAAUCACGGGGAUGAACGUACCGCACCACACUUUGCAUUCCUAUACAACGCUGGCCAACGAGCAGGCGGCAGCCAAUUCUGCAGAUACAGCAGCUGCGGGGUCAAUCUCCCCCUUUGUUUGCACAUCGGGAACCCAAGAGAGUUGCGUUUUUGCCAUUGGGACGGACGGCGAGUGCGUGCUUCUCCAGCGCUAA